UGUUAGGUAAGAGCGGGCGAUAGACAUGACUCAGAGGCACAGAACUGAAAGUCUUCAAUCAGGUCCGCCCUCCCUCUUAAUAAAGGGCCUCUGAGAGCGGCGUGGCUUAUUCUUACUGAUCGCAAUCCAUUUGGGAAGAUGUCAGGCAGAGGCAAAGGCGGAAAGGGGCUCGGGAAAGGAGGCGCUAAGCGUCACAGGAAGGUGCUUCGAGAUAACAUCCAGGGCAUCACCAAGCCUGCCAUCCGCCGUCUAGCACGGAGAGGAGGCGUGAAGCGCAUCUCUGGUCUCAUCUAUGAGGAGACCCGCGGGGUGCUGAAAGUGUUUCUGGAGAACGUGAUCCGGGACGCCGUCACUUACACCGAGCACGCCAAGAGGAAGACUGUCACCGCUAUGGAUGUGGUCUAUGCUCUGAAGCGCCAGGGACGCACACUGUACGGAUUCGGAGGCUGAACACUGAGGCGCAUUGAAUACCAUCGCUCACUCGCACACAAAGGCCCUUUUCAGGGCCACC